UGCGACGAUGCCGAGCUCCAGCAAGCCCGCCAGGCCGCGAUCGAAGGAACCAAGCAGAAGAUCGUAAUGUCGAUCCGAGUUGCCAAGAGCCACGGCGUCAGGGGCAAAAUGGGGAAAUUAGGUCGCGGUCAGAUGGCCAAACCUAGGGUUCUCGUCAUCUCUAGUGCUAAAGGAUCAAGAAAACUUCUGCUUAAUUGCUUUGAUUGGAGAAAAAUGGAAGAGACAAAGAAGGAUCUAAUAUGUAUAGAAGUCAAGAACAGGCCCCAACAUAUACCUCCGAAUAUGUGGACGAACUUGGUAGAGUUUUGAAGUUCAGAUUUAGGCAAGAAAAGAAGCGAAAUAGAGACUAAGAAUCGUGGUAAGAAUUGAGUUCCACAUUAUUCUAGGACAAGAAGUCAUGCCCGUAUUCAAGCUAACAAAGAGGUACUUGAUACAUUAUUCGACAUCAUUCAUAUUCAUUUAGGAUGGGUGGAACAAAUAAAUAACUACACAAACUUACAAUUUUUUUGCGCUUUGCAAACUGUGUGGAGCUACUUUGUUAAUAUGAUCUUCUCGUUUAUCAUGUGAUAAAAGCCUUAUGUGCUUUUGUCAAUAAUAACUGAUUUUUAAGCAAAAGGAAAUAAGGUAGACAUGCUUGGAACAUGGCUCUUUACACAUGAGCCAAAGAAAGGUUCAAAACUGAUGAUGUUUUACCUAUGAGAAAGGUAGAUAAAAGUAGGCAAAACCUUAAUUUUGCAUUGUUAUUUAGAUAAUUAUACCCUUAUUCAUUAAUAAUUUAUUCAUAAUUUUACACGAGUUAAUUCUUUAGGAGUUGGAUAUCUUAAAAGAUGUAAAAGUUGGUGCCCCUGCUAGUAAUGAAGUUUUUGAAAAGGUAGUGGGAGAAGACAAAAAUGGAUAUGCAAAGACCUUUGGUAUGGGAGUUAGAGUUCCUCGAUCUCGUUCUAAACGGUGUGCCUUGAGGGAAGAGAAAGCAAAAAGAUUGAGAAUUGAACAAGAGCAUGAGGAAACAAAAGAGAGACUCCAGAAUUUAGAAGAUGUGGUAUCAUUGCUUUUAAGUACCCUGGGUUCAAUUGUUAAUCAAUCUGAAAUCGAUGACUUUACAAUUAAUGGUAAUACAAUCACAAGAAAAAUCAUGACGAGAAUCGAUGGAACAAAGAUGGUGAAGUUGAGAGCGAUGAACUUGAAGAUGUAGACAGUAACGAGCAAUAAAGCUUUGGACUAUAUCAUCCAUAUCAAUGCGUAUUUUAAUUUAGUUCACUUUGACUGUUUAUAUUUUAUCUUGAAACGUACGCAAAUGAUGAACUGAUUUUGAGAUGUUGGUUUACUUUCUAGUAAAUGGGUUAGUUGUAACCCUUUGAAAUGUUAUC